ACUUUCAUCCCUCUCAAAUUCUCAAUGGCUCUCCUUGUUCAGCUUUCUUCCCUCACCAGUCUGGCAGUCUCCAACAGAUUGUCAGACACCGAUAUAUCACUUCAACGAGAGAUUCGACAUUCGGCGCUGUUGAUUUGUUAAAAUUUGGCUGGAUUAGUGCUUGAAGUCGAAUGAUGGGAGAUGACAAAGAUAGUUUAUUCUCACUCUGCAUUUUCGUUAUUCCAUCUUUGCAACAAUUUCUACAAGAAUGUAGAAGUCUUCAUCUCAUUUUCACUAUCACGAAGAUGCAAUACUUUGCUCUCUCAACCCUCCGUCGGUUAUCACUCACAUGCAAAUUUACAGUCACUUGUUUCAAGUCUGAUAUUUGCUAUAAGCUCUUGCUCUUCCAUCUCUUAUUGUCACGCGCUUCACUGCCAAGUUAUUAAAUCGUUCAAUUAUUGUGAUGGAUUCGUUGGUGAUAGGUUGGUGACGGCUUAUUUGAAAAUGGGUUGUGUUGUGGAUGCAAAGCAGUUGUUUGAUGAAAUGCCUAAGAAGGACUUGGUCUCCUGGAAUUCUUUAAUUUCUGGGUUGUUAAAAAAUGGGUGUGUGGAUAAUUGCUUUGAUGUGUUUCAUAGGAUGAAAAAUGAGAUGGGUUUGCCACUUAAUGAGGUUACAUUUUUACCUAUGAUCUCAGCUUGUACUGAGAUGGGAGCUAUAGAUGAGGGCAAGUACAUUCAUUGCUUUGUACUGAAACUCGGUAUGCUAACAGAAGUUAAGGUUGUUAAUUCUUUAGUUAACUUGUAUGGGAAGUGUGGAUAUGUGGAUGCAGCUUGCCGAUUAUUUGAGGGAAUGCCUGUGCAGAAUUUAGUGUCAUGGAAUUCAAUGAUUGGAAUUCACUCCCAAAAUGGAUUAUCUCUGGAAGGAAUGGAGAUGUUCAAUGAAUUGAGAAGAUGCAGCUAUAAGCCUGAUCAAGCUACCAUUAUCAGUGUGUAUCAAGCUUGCGAAGAUCUGGGCAUAGGAAAACUAGCAGAGGCUAUCCAUUGUUUAAUCUUGAGAUGUGGUCUCUUCAUGAACACAAUAGUUGCGACCGGGCUUUUAAAUUUGUAUGCAAAGUUAGGGCGGCUAUAUGCAUCACAAAAUGUCUUCAACGAGAUGUUUAGUCCAGAUAAAGUAGCUUGGACUGCCAUGCUUGCCAGUUACGCUGUGCAUGGACAUGGGAAAGAUGCGAUUGAGCUCUUUGAACUCAUGGUCAAGGAAGGUGUGGCACCCGAUCAUGUUACAUUCACCCAUUUGUUAAGUGCUUGCAGCCAUUCGGGGCAUGUCAAGGAGGGAAAGAUUUUUUUCAAGAUUAUGUCUGAAGUCUAUGGAGUACAGCCGAGGUUGGAUCACUAUUCAUGCAUGGUGGAUCUUCUAGGUCGCUCUGGACUUUUAAAUAAUGCUUAUGAGCUGAUUAAGGGCAUGCCAAUGGAACCAAAUUCUGGUAUCUGGGGUGCUCUUCUUGGUGCUUGUAGGGUUUAUGGUAAUAUUGAACUUGGGAAAGAAGUUGCAGAGCGACUGAUUGCUCUAGACCCAUCAGAUUCCAGAAACUAUAUCAUGCUGUCAAAUAUGUAUUCUGCAGCUGGUCGAUGGAGAGACGCGUCAAAUGUGAGGGUCUCGAUGAAAUAUAGAGGUCUUAUUAGAAACCAAGGCUGCAGUUUUAUUGAGCAUGGAAACAAAAUCCAUCGGUUCGUUGUGGGCGAUCGCUCUCACCCCGAAUCAGAAAAGAUAUAUGCCAAGUUGGAAGAAUUGAUUAGGAAGAUUAGGAAGGUUGGAGUAUUGCCUAAAACACAAUAUGUUCUUCAUGACGUCGACGAGGAAGUGAAAGAAGAUAUGAUCAAUAAGCAUAGCGAGAAGUUAGCUCUUGCUUUCGGUCUUUUGGUGAUUAAUGCUAACAGGCCAUUAAUCAUAACAAAGAACCUUAGAAUAUGUGGUGAUUGCCACAGCACUGCAAAGCUCGCGUCCCUCAUCGAGAAACGUACAAUUAUUAUUCGAGAUGCAAAGCGUUUUCACCAUUUUGCCGAUGGUCUUUGUUCUUGUGGAGAUUAUUGGUAGUAGUCUGCUUCAUGGGAAGAUAUUCAUAUUAUGUAUCAUGCGCUACAAUUGGCAGAUGUACUGAACUUUUCCUACAAUGAUGUUAGAAUGUGAAGCAUGAAUUACA